AUGAAGAUACUUUUCUUGUGCACUGCGCACAACUCCCUGUCUCAGCGACUCUUCUUGGCGCUCUCCGGUUCCCACAAUGUCAGCAUCGAGUACGCUCUUUCCGAUGAGGUGAUGAUCUCCGCAGCUGCUUUGGCCAGACCCGACAUCAUCAUCUGCCCUUUCCUCACGACUUUGGUACCGAAGGUGCUGUACGAAAAGUACCUCACACUUAUCAUACAUCCUGGGCCACCUGGAGAUGCUGGUCCUAGCGCGCUCGACUACGUCCUGAUGGGCGAUGACGGCUCAAUAGAUGAUGUUGAUGAUCUAAUGCUACAGCUCGAUCGCAAAGAAAGCACUACCGGGCUCACUGUGUUGCAGGCCAUUGAACAAUUCGACGCCGGUCCUGUAUGGGCAUUCGACCAAUUCCCCAUCGACAUUGAUGAACCAGGUCUAACAAAGUCGAGUCUAUAUCGUGGGGCAGUCAGCAACGCAGCCGUCGCCGCCACAGUGACAGCACUCCGUCGGAUACAAGAUGCCGCCCUCAGCUCUGCACACGAUUUUGCGGGUGCUCCGAAAGUCUACUCUACUCAACGUGGAAGAAACAGUCCUAUCACCUGGUCAUCGCAAUUGACCGCCGACCCGAAGUUUGCCGUACUCUCUGUCAGCGACCACUCACCAUUCCUUGGUGGCAAGCUCCAUCAUCGACCACUCCUCAAGGCCGCGAGUCGCAGCUUCGACUUGACGAAACACAGUGCGCAACAAGUAUCACGCCGCAUUCGAUGCGCCGACUCGCAGCCCGGUGUACUCAGUGCCAUCUUUGGACCAAGCCUCUAUCUCUACGGUGGCACUAUCGAAUCUGGCUCGCCAACCUUACCGAAGACGAAGCUAUUCGUCGGCAAGACACGCAUACUAGCAACCCGCAACGAGUCUGUCUGUGUCGAGGCGGCCGAUGGUAAUGGUGUCUGGAUCACGCAUGUUCGCCGUCCCAAGACCAAGACAGAUAAGGCUCUUUGGCCCAAGGUGCCCGCAACGAAUGGCCUCCUCGAGCUUGGCGUCAUCAAUCAUGCCGAUGUUCUCUGUCUCGACUCGCCUCUGCUAACAGACUGGUCUCGAGUGUCGUGGGAUACCUUGCAAGAAGUGUGGGUCGACUUCGUCACCGACAAGCAUGGCAACACCUCUGCAUAUCUCCACUUCGACAUCUACAACGGCGCGAUGUCCACCAACCAGUGUAGUCAUCUCCUCUCGGCCAUGGAGUAUAUAAUACAACGGCACGCUACUGGACAUCCUAUCCGCGCCGUCGUCCUCAUGGGAGGUGCGUACUUCAGCAACGGUAUUGCUCUCAACGUCAUCGAAGCCGCAAGCGACGCUGCCACCGAAUCCUGGCUCAACAUCAACCGUAUCGAUGACCUCGUCCAGAUGAUUCUCCAGGAGUUUCCACGACGCAACAUCAUCACUGUGGCUGCUGUACGAGGGAACGCUGCAGCUGGCGGAGUGGCCUUUGCCGCAGCCUGCGACUACGUUAUUGCUGGAUCGAAGGUCGUUCUCAACCCGGCCUACCGCGCCGUUGGCCUAUAUGGCUCCGAGUACCACACUAUCUCCUACUUCGGUCGUUGCGGGACGGCGAGGGCCAAGCAUCUUCUGCGAGCCAUGAAGCCCAUGAGUCCAUCUCAAGCUCAAGGUUAUAGUCUCGUCGACUUCGUCUUCCCUUCUGGUCCAGAGCUCGACAAUUGCAUUCGCUACCACGUUGAGAUGCUUGUUAAGAACGGCGAUCUCAAGCGUGGUCCCUGGAAAGCAAGCGUUGACACAUCAGCGGCCUCCUUGGCCAAGGUACGAGCUAUGGAGUUGAGUGAAAUGAGCAAGGACUUCUGGAGUGCUCGUUCGGUACGAUAUCACAGCCGUCGCUUCGACUUCGUACGCAAAGUCAAGCCGCGCCAGACUCAGCUGCGAUUCGCCACUCAUCGUCGUCUGCAGCAGGGUGUCAGCAUGCACGAUGAGGAGGAGCUUGAUAGCUUCGACGAUGUAUCGUACUACGAGCAGCUGGCCAAGCGUCUGGCAGCUGAUGCACUUCGUGACGAGGUCCGUGGCGAGAUGAGCUCAAUGGUUGCUCGUUGGACAGAGCAGGAACAGAUGGAGAGGGUUCAUCGUCGCGGCUCCGUGGCCUUGCAGUUCGAGCAAGAGACUGCUCGCGUCGCCCUGCCUGGUGCUGAGCGUAAGACCGAGACUGUGUUUUCCUGCUACUACAACCCUAUUGAUAACGGCAUUAUCACGCCACCGACGUCCCCAGGUUAG